UGCACAGUGAACAGUACACCUGUUGCACUUCCCAGGCACUUUCUCUUUUUCUCUCCCUUUUCCUGCUCCUUUCUCUCCCCCUUCUUUUCCCCUUGACUGGUCUGAAAGCAGCAAGGUUGCGGACGGCCUCACUAUGGAUCCCAAGGAGGCCAGCGGGAGUGAGAAGGAGAAGGAAAAAGAGAAGGAGAAAGUAAUAAAGAGGAGGAACCGACCUGUGUUCCUGCGUUACCUGGAGAGGAGAAAGACGGACACUAUUGUGGCUGAUGACACGGCCAAAGGUGACAUCAACCUGGGGACGCUGGUGAGGAGGAGUCAGUCUGACAAGACGGAGUACAGCGCUAAACUUAAAGAGAAAAUGACGCCACAUGACCUGUCCACACCCCCCUCUCCAGCCAUGGACCCAGAGGAGGUCCGUUUGAGGAAGAUGAACCGCAGGGCAAAGGUCAUUCAGGAGCUUGUGCAGACCGAAAAGGACUACUUCACAGACCUGAACCUGUGCAUCAGAGAGGUGGUCCAGCCUCUACGAAACAUGCAGGUUGUGGAUAUAGAUCGGCUGUUCACCAACAUGGAGACAGUGUGUGAGGUAUCUGCAGCGCUCCUUCACAGACUACACGAGGCCAUGGCUGACCCAGAUCCAGAAGCAGUUGUCAUAGGAGAGGUAUUCAUCCAGGCGAAGGCAGCUUUAGAAGAUGUAUAUAAGAUUUACUGUUACCAUCAUGAUGAUGCCAACAUGUCACUCAAAUCCUAUGAGAAAGAGGAAGAGAUAAAGCAACAUUUCACCACAUGUGUAUUAGCUCUGAAGAAAAUCUAUGACCAAGAAGGAAAACCUAACUUGCUGGACAUGGGUUCACUGCUCAUCAAACCUGUCCAGAGGAUCAUGAAGUACCCGUUGCUGCUUGGGGAGCUGUGGCAGGCCACACCUGAAGACCAUCCUGACUAUCGGCCGCUGCAGGAGGCAUUCACUGCCGCCAAGAUCAUAAAUGUGAACAUUAAUGAGUUCAAGAGACGCAAGGACAUAGUGAUGAAGUAUAAGAGGGUGGAAGAUGAAGGCACACUGAGAGGCAAGCUGCACAAGUUAAACAUACAUUCCAUCCGUAAGAAAGGCGACAGGUUUGCUGGCUAUCUCAAGAUCCUCACUGGAGUUGAACCACAGGUGAGGGAUGAAGUAUUUGACAGAGAGGAGAAACUGUUCAGGAGUCUGGAGAAGGCUGUGAGGCAGCUGGUCAAGAAUGUUCACUGUUACGUGCAGCACACUCAGGAGAUGGUCUCUGUAGCUGUCCAGAAUGUCCAGGACAUGGAGAACAUUGUUAAGGAUCCAAGCAAAAAUGGCACAAACGGCACAUUGCACAAUAAUGGAAAUGACCCCUAUAAGCACUUUAAAGACAGUGUGGAGCGCUUGGUCCUCGCCCCCCUCUCCUCCCUGCAGGGCAUGUUCACAGCCCCGCAGAAACUCAUCCAGAAACGUUAUGACAAAUUGCUGGAUUACUGCAGCCGCCUGGAGCGCUCUUCCUCUUUUUCAUCCUCGUCCUCAUCAUCCACCACUUCCUCCUCUCCUUCGCUGGUGUCAGAGGACCCACCUGGUCCUGCCAGGAGGGACUAUGAAGCUCUCAAUGCCUUGCUAGUGGAGGAGUUGCAGAAGUUCAACAUGGCCGCCUAUACUAUCCUAACCAACUGUGUAGUAUAUCUAGUUGCUCUACUCAGAGAGCUGAUGGAUAAAAUACUACUCCGUGCUCCAUCCAUUCAGCAGCUACCAGCUCCACUGUCAAACAUUGCUGAAGUGCAGAACAGCAUCAUGGAAGAGCUGAAUAAUCUAGCUUUUGUGAAAGAAAACGCACAGAAGCUCAUGGAGCGUAAAGUCAGCUUUGAGAGACAACGAGACAAGAAAAUAACGAUGCUGGAGGUGCAGCAUCAAACUGAGGAACAGCGUGCCUGGCUGCUGGCAGAAUACCCACUGAGCCGUCUGUACCAGCUGAAGAGGAAGUGUAAUGGCUGCCAGGAGCAGGACCUCAGCCUGCUGGAGGGAGAGCUGGUGGCCCUGCUGGAGGACACAGACCCAUUAGGCAGCAGCAGUCGCUGGCUGGUUCACACCGGAGGUACACAAGGCUACGUCUAUUCCACAUUCCUGAAGCAGUACAACCCUCUGAGGGACUCACAGCGGGCAGGCCAGAUGGCCAAAGAGCAGCAACAGCAGCAGCCACCUGCCAUGGCGGACGACGACUUCGAUGACCUCAGCCUGUUUGUGUCAGGCAGUGGCAGCAGCAGUCUGCGCAGCUUCAACCUCAACACCACUGACAGCAGCUCAACCCUCUCUGGUCUACAGGGGGAGCCGGAGAGCCCAGAAGACCUGGAGGACACACUAGACACAGAGGCUCAGCAGUUUUAUGCUGUGUAUGCAUUUCAAGCCCGCUGUGACCAGGAGCUGACCCUGCAAGAGUACCAGCAUGUCCGCAUCCUUCAGUUCUGUGACGUGGGAGGCAAUAAGGAGUGGUGGUUAGCUGAGGCUAAUGGACAGAGGGGCUAUGUCCCUGCCAACUACCUUGGCAGGAUGUCCUAUGCAUAAAUAGAGGCCCUCUAUUUAGAUAUUGGAUUUCCAUCUCGAACACCAAACCCAAAACCAGCUUGUGAUAUUUUACACAAAACCCACUCACUCUUUAAUACAUAAUUUAAAGAGUCCUGAUUGUAAAACAUGUUACAUUUCUGCUUGUGAAUGUCAAAUGGGGGAGGAUGGAGCCAAUCCUAGCUGACAAUGGGCACACCCUGGAUAGGUUGUCAGUCUGUCACAGGCCUGACGUGAAGAAAAACAAACACUCGCACUCACAUCUAUGGGAAAAUUAGAAUCACCAAUUAACCUUUAUCUUUGGACUGUAGGACCCAUGCAGGUGCAGGCAGAGCACGCAGAGGAGCCCAAGCCGGCCAGCAUGUUUGAAACCAGAGCCUUCUUGCUGUGAGGUGACAGUGUUAGGCACUGCACCACCUACCACCCCCAAAAGGUAUCAGUAGACAUUAUUAUCAGAUGAUUAUACCAAAAGUGUUGAUGUUGAAUCUAUUUUGCCUCUAGAAGAUCACAACAACUCACCACUGGGAGUUGACCAGUAAUCUGAUAAAUAUGGAUAAUGAAGGUGUGAAAAUACAGGGCACUGUGCUGAGCACUUUUGUACUUCAGUGUUUUUGAGUUUAUAUUGAUAAUUAAGCAAUUUAUUCAUGAAGUAAAUGUUAUAUGUGAGCUGAUUUAUAGAUGAAGUAAAUGUAUAUGUGAAAUGAUUUAUACAUGAAGUAUAUGUUUUAUGUGAAUGUGAAAUGAAGAAAUCUUUAAUAUCAUUUAUAUUUUCAAAAUCAUAUAAACAUGUCCUCUGUGAUAACUGCUGCGAUCCACUCUCCCUUUGUCCUGCAGGAUAUAAUGAUUCACAUUCAGGGACAACACAUACUAC